GGCUCGCGGCCGCUCCACUGCGCAGGCGCCAACCCUCCGCCCGCAAGUUCAAUCGGAAGAAAUUGCCUUUGCACACGCCCGGCGCGGGAAAGCCUCCAGGGUCUCUUUCCACCUUCUCAGUCUUGGCAGGACUUUACCAGAAUAUCAUCUGGCGAAAGUGUCAUGGAUGUUUUACGUCCACAGCUUAUAACAAUCGAUGGACGGAAUUAUAGAAAGAAUCCUAUCCAGGAAAAAAGUUACCAACAUGAAGAAGAUGAGGGUUUCUAUCAAGAUUCUAUGGAAUACUCUGAUGAGCCCUGCGAUGCCUAUGAGGUGGAGCAGACCCCUCAGGGAUUCCGGUCUACUGUCAUUGCCCCUAGCCUGCUCUACAAGCACAUAGUUGGAAAGAGAGGGGAUACCAAGAAGAAAAUAGAGGUGGAGACUAAAACAUCUAUUAGCAUUCCUAAACCUGGACAAGAAGGAGAGAUUGUAAUCACUGGCCAGCAUCGAAAUGGUGUGGUUUCAGCCCGAACUCGGAUUGAUGUCCUCCUGCACACAUUCAGGAGGAGGCAGCCCUUCACUCACUUCCUUUCCUUUUUCCUUAAUGAAGUAGAAGUUCAGGAAAGAUUUCUAAAGUUCCAGGAGGAAGUGCUGGAGACAUGUUCCAAGGAUCGUGGGGUUGACAGCUCCAUUUUUCAGAAUCCCAAAAAGCUUCACUUAACUAUUGGAAUGUUGGUGCUUUUAAGUGAACAAGAGAUCCAGCAGACAUGUGAGAUCCUUCAGCACUGUAAAGAGGAAUUCAUUAAUGACAUUUCUGGAGGCAAACCCCUGGAAGUAGAGAUGGCAGGGAUCGAGUACAUGAACGAUGAUCCUGGGAUGGUGGAUGUUCUUUAUGCCAAAGUCCACAUGAAAGAUGGCUCCAACAAGCUGCAGGAACUGGCUGACCGAGUGCUUGAGCGCUUCCAGGCAUUGGGGCUGAUAGUGAAGGAGUGGAGCAGUGUGAAGCUGCAUGCCACUGUCAUGAACACACUUCUCCGAAAAGACCCCAAUGCUGAAGGCAGGUACAAUCUCUACACAGCAGAUGGCAAAUAUAUCUUCAAGGAAAGAGAAUCAUUUGAUGGCCGAAACAUAUUAAAGAAGUUUGAGAACUUUUACUUUGGUUCCCUGAAGCUCAAUUCCAUUCACAUCUCCCAGAGAUUCUCAGUGGACAGCUUUGGAAACUAUGCCUCCUGCGGACAAGUUGACUUCUCCUGAAAUGGGUAUUGAAUGUAAUAGAAGUGGAAUGCCUUCCUAAGGUGGAGAGCAGCAGAGAACCGUGACUGUGGGCAUCGUGAGUCCGGAAGUGUGGCAGCAGCAAGCACUCCGGCCUCCAGCUGACUGGCAGAGAAGGGAGCUCCAAACCAUGCUCCUCCCUUCUGGUUCUCACUCCUCAUCCCUUUCUUUCUUGUUCCUCAUUCCUUAUCCUCCAUGGCUCCUUUCUGUGACGUCUGCUCCUGAGCUCUGUGUUGAGAUCUGUGCUGCAGAGCUUCACUUCUCCAUGAGGUGGCACAGACCAUUUGCAAAUAAAUGAGUUUUCCAGGUUA